AUGGGGCCGCGGGAGCCGCGCCGCCGGCUGGAGGCGGUGCUCGGCGCCCUCUACGACCUGGGUGAGGAGCCCGGCGGCGCUCGGGGCGCCGCGGAGGACGGCGAAGCGAGAACAGUGCCGCCGCCGGCGGAGAAAGAAGAGGAGGAGGAGAGACGGGAGCCGCAGCCGGCGGCGGGCGGGCGGCGCGGGGCCCGCGGCUUCUUCGGGGAGUUGCGGGCCGAGCUGAGCGCCGCCGGCGCUGCCCCGCCGCCCCCCGCCGCCCCGCCCGCCGUGGAGGUCGUGGUGUUCCGCGGGAGGAAGAGGAAGGAGCGGCACGGCCCCUCGGCAGCACCCGCCAGCGGAGCACAAACCCAGAUAGUGAAUGAAGAGAAAAAUGCAGUCAGACAAGAAUUUAACUUUGAAAAGGCUCGCCUGGAAGUGCACAAAUUUGGAAUCACUGGCUACAAGAAGCAGGAGCAACGUGUUUGGGAACAGGAGCGUGCUAUCAUGCUGGGAGCCAAGCCCCCCAAAAAGGCACAUGUGAACUACAGGACUUACCAAGAGAAACUGAAAGAGAAAAAAGCAGCGAAGGAUGCUGAUAAGGAAAAGGAACAUAAAGCUGAUUCUCUUAAGAAGAAGAAGAAGCAGAAAGAACAGAAAGAGAGGAAGGCUAAAAGGAAGAAAUCAGUGCCUAGCAUUUGGCCUGCAGGACAAGUUGGAAAAUUCAGAAAUGGGACCUUGAUUCUGCAAAGCCGUGACAUAAAGAAAAUUAAAUCAUCUAAAGUUAGCAAAUGAACUUCAUGAUACAGAGUGAAAUGGACAAUAUGCAUAAGAGAAUUCACAUUGCUACAAACACAGACUUCUGGGGCCUUUUGCCUAUCUACCAUAUCCUAAUUUUUUAAUCUUAUUUGUUAUUGCAGGAUUUUUCUGUACUAUUCUGCCUUUGGA